CGUUAGGCUGCCCAGGGUAGUGUGGGCGCGCCAGGGAGCUAUGUGGUGACAUACGGGGUGUAUGCUGGAGGAUGAGAACUCGCUGAUGUGGCAUAUUAAGCCGAAGUGGAACCUUAUUCUGUUGUUGGUUGUGCUGAGGCAAAGACCGGUCAUCAUAAUUGCACAUCAGGUUACCGGUGAGAAAUCUGUGGUUGGGGGCAGCAUUAAUGAGCCGCUGCAGCAAGCCCCUGGGCCCAUGCAGCCUAUGCAGUGGAUGCCCAAGAUACCUCAGAUGAGUCCCAAGCCUUUCUCUGGAGAUAGAAAGGAGGAGGAGGACUUGGACACCUGGGUGAGGACUAUGCCUACUUAUGUAAGGCACAAGCUCACAAGGCCAGAGCAAGAAGUUGUAGUGGCUGCCUCCUUUUUAGAGGGAUCAGCAGCCCGCUGGUUGAAUGGCUUAGUGCAGCAACAGGGCUACGGUCAGGAUUUCGAUGCCUGGGCUCAAGCUCAGACAUUGGAACAGUUCGUACGGUCAGUCUACAACAAUUGGCAUGACCCGCAAGGGGCUCAAAAGGCCACCGAUGCUAUCAACAACCUUUGUUCCCGCAGGUUCAAGGAUGUUAGAGAGCUAACAGACACCGUAGAACGCCUUCUCGUGGUACCUGGUGUGCGUUUUGACCAGCAGGUUCUCCUAACGAAUUACCUAAGGUGCCUACCUGCAGAGGUAAGGACCAAGCUGGUUGACGAAGCCUAUGUUGAACAGCACACCUUCGCUUUUUUUAGUAAGAAAGCUCUGGACAUAGAGGCCAAGCUGGGAUCUGCACAUAAGGUAUCCAACGAUGGUAGGAAGAGACUGCCCCAAGAUUGGAAGAAGAAGGGUCAGUUAAUGUUCGUUGACCACGAUGGUCAAAUGACGGAGAUUGACGAGUUCCCAGAUCUUGGGGAGUUCACAGAGCAGGAUGGGGCUAGUGAGACUUCAGAUGGUGAAGUCGUGGCACCAAUCAAGGAAAAGGCUAGGGGGACCGGGAAGAAGAAGGUAGGACGGUCCACGGGUCAGGGCGACCAAGGAACACCCGCAUGGGUGAAGAUUGGUUUAGACUACGAGGACUUGCCGCGGCAAGAAGGUCAAAAUGAAGGUAGCCUCACCAACGGUGGUGGGCUUAUCUUCAAACCCUGGGAGUGCUUCUGCGAGCAGCUCACAGGGAAAUACCUCGGGUCAGUAGGAGUGUUAGCCGCUCUUACUCGUGCUGAAGUGGUAACGUUGCCUUCCCCACUUCAGGCGUUGGCCAAGGCUAGUGACCUACGUAUCGCCCCGCAGACACAUUCAGACCCACCGACGCUCUGUUCGAGAGAUGUGUCUGAGGCCCUAGAAGAGUUAGAGACUGAGUGGUCAGGGAAGGACCCCAGGGACUCUUGGGCAAUGAUCAGUAGAGGUCCAAAGGGUGAGCAUUUCGUGGUAGAAGUAGAUGUAGGUGGCCGCAAGGUUGGCGCCUUCGCAGACAUAGGCUCUACACGAAAUUUCAUCAGUCAUGCUUGUGUGGAUAGACUGCACUUAGGGGACCAAGUGCAGCGGCUUAGCAGAAUUGUAGCUUCUACGCUAGCCAACAAGCACCAAAUGGUAAUAAAAGACUAUGUCAAGGACGUAGCCUGCACCUUCUCCUAUGGAGGAGGGGAAAUGAUCCACAAGAUCUCCUUCCUGGUUAGCGAUGAACUGCCAUUCGAUAUGCUACUAGGCAUAUACUAUCUCGAAGUCUCGCAACCUCAGUUUGACUGGGAUAGAAAGGUGUUGAUCCACAAGUUGCCCAAUGGUAGAACUGUUAGAUUGCAGAAGUACAAGGCUAGCAGUCUAAUAGAAAACUACGGGUGUAUGUGUGCCUCAUCCUUCUAUAACUAUUAUAAGCAGAAUCAAGAGGAAGGCAUGUAUCUAGUUUUUGUCUCUGAAAAAGAGGAGGCCGUUAAAUCACCCCCAGAGAUAGAAAAAGUCGUGGCUCAAUAUUCAAACCUUUUUGAGGUGCCCACAGACGUGGUAGAAAGGGAGGUUGUCCAUGCGAUAGAGGUUGUCCCAGGUAGCAAGCACGCGAUGAACUGGAUAUUUCAUGAGUACUUGGACAAGUUUAUCGUCUUGUACCUCGACGAUAUUCUUAUCUUUAGUAGGACUGUAGAGGAGCACGCUGAGCACUUGAAAAUAGUGAUAGGUCUCCUAAGACAGCACCAGUACAAGGUAAACUUGGAUAAAUGCGAGUUUGGUCGCACCAAGAUCUUGUACUUGGGUCAUGAAAUUUCAGCAGAUGGAUUGAGGCCGGAAGAUGCGAAGGUGGCCAACAUACGUGACUGGCCCAGACCUCAGACUGUUACUGAGGUCAGAUCGUUUUUGGGGAUGACGGGCUAUUAUCGUCCGUUUGUGAAGAACUAUAGUACUAUAGCUUCCCCAUUAACAGAUCUAACUCGACUUGACACCCCUUGGGAGUGGACUGAAGAGUGUGAGGCAAGCUUCAAGAAAUUGAAGUAUGCUCUAACACACUAUGAAGUUCUCAAACUUCCUGAUCCCGACAAGUCAUUUGUUGUGACCACAGACGCCAGCCAAUAUGGCAUAGGCGCGGUCCUUGCACAACAGGAAGGGCCCAAGUUGAGACCGAUCGAGUACAUGAGCAAGAAGAUGCCAUCUCAAAAGUUAGCUAAGUCCACGUAUGAGAGAGAGCUAUACGCCCUAUACAGAGCGCUAGUCCAUUGGAGACACUACCUCCUAGGAAGAUUCUUCUAUGUGAGGUCUGACCAUGAAACUUUGCGAUGGAUUAAGACACAGCCUGUGUUGUCAGACGCACUCAAGAGAUGGAUUCAAGUGAUAGACAUGUAUGACUAUCAACUUGAUCCUAUCAAGGGUACGUACAACAAGGUGGCUGAUGCGCUAUCAAGAAGGGCAGAUUAUCUGGGGGCACUAGUAACAGAGUUUGGCAUAUCUAGCGAUUUGACUCGAUCAUUGGUGGAUGCCUAUCAGGGAGACCCAGUCAUGUCAGAAAUCAUCCGUAGAUUCCAAGCAAAGGACAAGAAGACUUUGGAUGAGUUUACGAUGGUAGAUGGCUUGUUGUUCCUUGAGAAGGCAGGGAAUAAAAGGCACUCCACUGCAGCACCUGGCAGCAUAGAGUUUGCUGUCAAAUAUGAACAGAUGCUGCAGCAGGCCGUUGAACAUAUUAGGAAAUCUCAAGAUGCUAUGAUUGCAUAUGAGAAUAAGCAUAGACGACCCUCUAACUUUCAGGUAGGUGAACGAGUCUGGGUAAAGUCAUCUGAAUUAGGUCAGGAGUUGGGGAUAUCCAGAAAACUGAUGCCACAGUAUUUCGGGCCCUGGGAGAUCUUGGACGUUGUAGGGGAUCAACCGGAUGGGCCUUCAUACGUGAUCCAUAUCCCUGCACACCUACGCACCUACCCAGUGUUUCAUGCCUCCAAGCUGGCACCUUUCGCUGCAACUGAGCAGUUUCCUUCCAGAAGAUCAAUGUUGCCCCCAACCAUGGAUGGCGAAGUGGACAUUGACCAGAUCGUCGAGCAUCGAGUGAUGCCUGUUCCUCGACCAUCAGGCAGAGGGCGACCUCCUAAGCCAAGAAUGCAGUAUCGGGUGAGCUUCAGACAUCACCUCGAUCCCAAGGAAGAUCGCUGGUUCACACGAGAAGAACUCAUGAGAACAGCACCUCAAGUGAUUGCAGGCUAUGAAAGAGAACGGAAAGGGAAGAUGCCUGCAGAAUAAGAAGACUUCUCAGAGGACUCACGAAGUUAAAGAGGGAAUGCGAGGAUCAGGGUCCUCGGUAGGCCUAUGGGGCCCUGUCUGCAGCCUUAGCCGCCCUACGUGAAGGCGGAGGUGCCCGCCCUAAGUGAAGGUGGGCCUGGCUUUUUGCAAGAGGCCUUCGACUGUCGAUUUCAUAUUUGGGGUUCAGGCAGUUGAGAUGCGCCAGUUGGUUGAAAGAAACACAGGCCGAGCAACAAGGACAUUUCCACGGCCUACCGGGCCUUUCCACAGA